AUGACACCUGAGGAAAAACGUGCUAAUAAGGCGAUUUUGUACGCCAAGGGACGUUCCGGUAUGUCACCAAGAGUUCAAGUGCCCGACGGCAUAUGGUCAUUGUCACCGGAGCCUAACGGUGCCACAAGAAACCUCGGAGAUUGGCCGGAGGUCAAGAGCGGUUCCAUAGCUCUUAAUCGGUCAAAGCGAAGGUUCAUGCUUGUGGUAUAUCGUAGUCCUCGCUCAAACCGGCUGCAUCGAUCUAGCUCUCCACCUCGUGUUCGAAGCAAUCUUCGAGCUUACUCUCCACCAAGCAGAUAUUCUCAACCGUACUCUCCACCAAGAACAUCAAUGGCAGAUGAGGAAGCUGCUCCGGUUAGGACUCUUCAGGACUAUUUGAAUCCGGAACGGGUCACUCAAUUGUCACCGAUAGUUUUUCCACGGCCCACCACUGUUGCAAACACAUUCGUGUUCAAAUCAGACUAUCAUCGUUGCAUUCCAUUCUUCCACGGUAUGGAGCGCGAGGAUCCGUACCAACAUAUCCGAGAAUUUGAGGAAGUUCUCCAAUCGUUUGUUAGCGGGGAGGUGCUUCUCAACCAAGCAAGAUUGAGGCUUUUUCCUUUCACUUUGAAGGAUAAGGCUAAGACAUGGUUUCACUCUUUGAAGCCUCAAUCUUUGAACACAUGGGGGGAAGUGCAAGAUGUUUUUCAUAAGAAAUUCUUCCCAGCAAGCCGAACAAAGCUCUUGAUGGAUCAAAUCCAGGGUUUCAAGCAACGUGAGGGAGAAGCUUUCCAUCAGUAUUGGGAGCGUUACAAGGAUUUGCUUUCUGCGGUUCCUCACCAUAAUUUUGCCUUGUAUCAACUGAUUCACUACUUCCAUAUGGGCUGCACGCAACAAAGCAAGCAACUGCUCGACACCAUGUGCUCUGGAGGAUUCAUGAAUAAGUCACCCGAUGACGGUUGGGAUUACUUAGAUGAGUUGGCCAAGAAGUCUUUGACUUGGAAUUAUGAAGAUGCUGGUGAUAGAGCUAUGGCUAGCCAAGGUCCCGGUGGCUCCGGAAAGUUCUCCAUAAAUGAGCACAAUGCUAUCGAAACACGGAUGGAGCAACUAGCACAAAAGUUGGAGAAGUUGGAGUUGAAAGGGGUAAAGGAAGUUAAGGCAGUGCAAGCGGUAGAGGAGAUGUGUGCUAUAUGUGAAACAUCGGGCCAUUCCACCGACAAUUGCUUGUCUAUUCCCACUUUCAGACAUCAUUACGGUAACCUCAACCUUCCGAUCGAAGAAGUUAGUGCGGUAAACCAACGAUUUGAAUCUUUUCCUCAAAACUUCAACCAAAGUCAACGACAACAUCCGGGAUUCCGUUGGAACAAUCAGAUUGAAGGCGGACCAUCUCAAGCACCUCCCGGUUCUCAAAUGCAACCAUGGCGGUCUGCUCAAGGCCAAGGGCAGCCUCGUUUUCCACAAGGACCGCCAGGUUUCGCACCGUCUGGCCCGUUUCAAGGAUCUAACCAAUAUCAACCCCCGCCAAGGCGAUCUUUGGAGGACACUCUCCAAUCCUUCAUGCAAGCUCAAUCGAAUUACAAUGAGAGUAACACCCAAAUGAUGGGGGAGUUGAAGAACCAAAUGGGAAAGAUAACCACAUCUAUAGGGCUUCUCCAACAAGAAAAGGGAAAGUUUCCGACCCAGCCACAAGCCAAUCCACAAGGUCAACUUCUCAUUGGUAAUUCUUCCAUACCACCGCCCGAGCAAGCUCAAGCAAUUAUCACUCUAAGGAGUGGCAAGGCGGUUGACAAUCUCGUUGUCAAUCCGCCGGCUACACCUAUCUUAGAACCAGCUUCGACAUCAACAAGUUCUACAACGCUUGGGGAAUCUCCCAAGUCAUCUCCGGAGGAAGACGGGGAAUCUCCCGUUCAAGUUUCAAAGGAGGCCGACACCACUCCAAGCCCACAAGUCUCUCCCUUUCCUGCGCCCUAUCCUUCUCGACUGAAAAAGCCGGCUCACCCAUCCAAGGAUGCCGAUAUUCUUGACGUGUUCAAAAAGGUAAAUGUUAACAUCCCGUUAAUGGAUGCUAUCAAGCAAAUUCCUUCUUAUGCCAAGUUCUUGAAAGAUCUAUGCACUCAGAAGCGCAAGCUCAACGUGCACAAAAAGGUGCUUCUCACCGAGCAAGUUAGCCAAAUUUUCCAAACAGAUCUUGCACCUAAAUACAAAGACCCCGGAUGUCCUACAAUUGCAAUUACUAUUGGGGGUAAGAGAGUAGAGCAAGCUCUUUUGGAUUUGGGUGCGAGUGUCAAUUUGCUACCUUAUUCGGUGUAUCAAGAGUUGGGUUUGGGGGAGAUGAAGCCUACACGGGUUACUCUUCAAUUGGCGGAUAGGAGUGUUCGAAUUCCUCGUGGUAUGGUGGAAGAUGUAUUGGUCCAAGUUGAUCAAUUUGUAUAUCCGGUGGAUUUUGUUGUAUUGGAUACUUGCCCGACGUCUUCAUCGCCAUUGUCUACUCCUGUUAUUCUUGGGCGGCCGUUUCUAGCAACCUCGGAUGCUGUAAUCAAUUGUCGGAAUGGGCUAUUGAACAUGUCCUUCGGCAAUAUGAAGAUGGCGGUCAAUAUGUUCAACGUUGGGAGUCAAAUGGGAGAUGAUGAUGAUGUUCAAGGUGUCAACUGUAUCGAUUCAUUAGUUCAAGAUCAUGUGGAUGAACUCUUAUCCAAGGAUGAUUUGGAGGCAUGUCUUACCGCCGAGGAAGCCGAUUUUUUGGAAUCGCCGGAAGUUGCGAAUCUUUGUUCCUUGCUAGACGAGGAGGAAGUUUGUGGGGCGGAACCGUGGAUUCCUACCUUUGAGAAGUUGCCACUAAUUGAGGGAAAAACUUUGCCAUCUAGUGUCGAGCCGCCUAAGCUUGAUUUGAAGCCCCUACCUGACCAUUUGAAGUAUGCCUACCUUGGCGACAACAAAACUUUUCCGGUGGUGAUAUCCUCAACUCUUGAGAAUCUUCAAGAGUUGGAGUUGCUUGCAUUAUUACGGCGGCGUAGCAAGGCUAUUGGGUGGACUAUAGCCGAUAUACAAGGGAUUUCUCCUUCCCUUUGUACUCAUCACAUUUAUCUUGACGAUAAUGUGAAGCCAUCGCGCCAACCACAACGACGGUUGAAUCCUAUUAUGAAGGAUGUAGUGCGUGCGGAGGUGUUGAAAUUGUUGGAUACGGGGAUAAUCUACCCAAUUGCUGAUUCUCAAUGGGUGAGUCCUAUCCAGGUGGUGCCUAAAAAGUCGGGGGUAACAGUUGUAAAGAAUGACCAAGAUGAGCUUGUUCCAACUCGGACCGUCACCGGGUGGCGUGUUUGCAUUGAUUACCGCAAGCUAAAUGCGGUAACCCGUAAGGAUCAUUUCCCUCUCCCGUUCAUUGAUCAGAUUUUGGAAAGGGUAGCUGGCCAUGCCUUCUAUUGCUUUCUAGACGGCUACUCAGGGUAUAACCAGAUCGAGGUCGCCAUGGCUGACCAAGAAAAGACUACGUUUACUUGCCCGUUCGGGACCUUUGCUUAUAGGCGCAUGCCAUUCGGCUUGUGCAAUGCUCCCGGCACUUUUUCGAGGUGUAUGAUGGGUAUUUUUAGUGACAUGGUGGAGAAGAUUGUUGAGGUCUUUAUGGACGAUUUCUCGGUAUUCGGGGACUCUUUUGAGUCGUGUCUAGCCAAUCUUGAUAAGGGCAUUGAGGUUGAUAAGUCAAAAAUUGAUCUCAUCGCCAACCUCCCUACUCCCAAGUGCAUCAAGGAUGUCCGUUCCUUCCUCGGGCAUGCCGGUUUCUACCGGAGAUUUAUCAAGGAUUUUAGUGCUAUUUCUCGGCCAUUAUGCCAUCUGCUUUCGAAAGACGUCCCUUUUGAGUGGACGAAUGAUUGUGAGGAAGCUUUUCGGAAGCUUAAGUCAUGCCUUACUACUCCGCCUAUUGUGCAAAGUCCCGAUUGGAACCUCCCGUUCGAACUUAUGUGCGACGCGAGUGACUACGCCGUCGGGGCUGUUUUAGGCCAAAGGAGGGAGAAGCAGCCUUGCGUUAUUUCCUACGCGAGCAAAACAUUGAACGAUGCUCAAAUGAAUUACUCCACCACUGAAAAGGAGCUGCUCGCGGUAGUUUUUGCCUUGGAUAAAUUCCGCUCCUACUUGAUUGGUUCGCCUAUUGUCGUCUACACGGAUCAUGCUGCCCUCAAGUACCUGCUCACCAAGCAGGACGCUAAGGCUCGGCUUAUUCGAUGGAUUCUCUUGCUCCAAGAGUUUGAUCUUACCAUCAAGGACAAAAAGGGAGUGGAAAAUGUGGUGGCCGACCACUUGUCACGAUUGGAGUUUGAGGAUCGUACAUCUAAACUUCCAAUCAUCGAUACUUUCCCGGAUGAGCAACUUUUUGGUGUCUCAAGUACCCCGUGGUUCGCAGAUAUUGUCAACUAUUUGGUAACGGGGUUACUUCCAGCACAUUGGAUUUCUCAAGAGCGGAAGCAGUUUCUUUCAAGGGUGAAAAGGUUUUCUUUUGAUGAUCCUUACUUGUUUAAGUACUGUCCAGAUCAGAUUAUUCGGCGAUGUGUUCCGGAUUCUGAGUCUUGUGACCGGUGUCAAGCUUUGGGCAAGAUCACCCGACGCAACGAGAUGCCCCAAAAUCCCAUCCUAAUCAUUGAAGUCUUUGACUGUUGGGGCAUCGAUUUUAUGGGGCCUUUUCCUACAUCAUUUGGCUACCUCUACAUUUUGCUUGCCGUCGACUAUGUCAGCAAGUGGGUGGAGGCAAUCCCUACUCGUACCAAUGAUGCUCGGGUUGUAGUCGAAUUUCUCCGAGAGUACAUUUUGGCACGGUUUGGGAUGCCAAGAGCUAUAAUCAGUGACCAAGGCACGCAUUUCUGUAAUAGGUCGUUUGCGGCUUUGAUGAGGAAAUAUGCCAUUGUGCACAAGGUAUCGACGGCUUGUCAUCCCCAAACUAAUGGACAAGCUGAGCUAGCUAAUCGGGAGAUCAAGGGCAUCCUUGAGAAAACGGUUAAUCCAAACCGCAAAGAUUGGUCACUUCGGCUGAUCAACGCCUAG